CCAUCUCCAAGUGGCGACAAAUCAAAGUCACACUACACGCAAACAAAGCACAACAGACAAACCUAUCUAGGCAUCCCUCCCCCCCCCCCGAUACAUAAUUCAAAAUGGGUAGCUGCAUGUCCAUGUUCAAGGGCUCCGACAAGGAGAUGAAGCGCACGGGCACCAACCGAAGCGACAAGGGCAACGGGCUUCAGCGCACCACGUCGUCGUACCAGGGCGCCCAGGCCGACCAGACCCGCUACUCGGACAGGCAGCUCCACGACCAAUCGCGCAUGACGGCCAGCCAGCUCCACAAGACAAAGACGCUCGAGGAGCGCCUCAAGCAGGCCGAGGCGCAGAACGCCACGAGGAAGUAAUCGGAUAGCGAGGGAGUCCGAGAAGAGCCCGGGGUGAAGAGAAGUUGAAGCGCGAGCGAAGGAAGCAUUCUCUUUCGGUAAAUGGGGAGAGAGAAAAGGGGGAUGUUGGGGGAAUGAGGCGAGGAGAUGACUAUCCCCGUCUCUGCGACCAAUGGCUGCGUCUGCUGCUUGUUCUAGCAGUCAAGAUAUCCCGCAGUCCAACAUAGACUCAUAGGUCGUCCUUCGCAUCUCCUCGACCUACG